UUUGAUUAGGCUUGAAAUGUGGGAGUUGCGAUGCUAUAAUUUAUUCGGCGUGAUGCUAUGUUAGCAAGGAAUAUCAAGUUAGGCAGAAUUAAUUUAAAUAUGUGAUGGCAAGUUAAUAUUUAUGUUUAUUCACUUCUCUCAGUCACUUAAUGGUCAGUUAUGGAUGAUAAUAUAUAUUUGAGAAUGAAUCAGUUUGAAAACAACUCUCAAAGACGAUACAGUGACUCAAAUUGGCCUCAGCCACAGCAAUAUCAACAACCACCACCAGUCAGUCGAACGAAACAAAAUUAUACGAAAUGUGUUCCACGUUCUGAGAGAGGCCCUUCGCCAAGUGGUAAUUGGAGACGGCCUAGUCAACCAAUUACUUCACAAAGGCAAGGAGGGUAUCAACCCCAGGUGCCCAUACCCCCAAGGAAUGAUCAUGAAGAUGAGUACAUGCCAAUUGAUCCAGUUACCAGCCAAGAAAGAGGAAAUGGACUUAUGUUCCCUCCACACCAACCCCCAAGAACCCCAGUAUCAAAUUAUCCACAACACACCCCUCAAGAUUUCCACAACCCGCCCCAAAAUUCCUUCCCUGGACAAAGGCGCCCACCCACUCUACCCCCACAAAGUCCUCGGCGACUUUUUCAAGGUGGGUUUGAUCGCCCCCAAGGUGGGUUUGAUCGUCCCCAAGCUGGGUUUGAUCGUCCCCAAGCCGGGUUUGAGCGCCCCCAAGGUGGGUUUGAUCGUCCCCCAAUACCAACUCCUGAUCCUUUCAACCAAUCUCCCCAAGACACAUAUGAACCACCUACAAGGCAACCACCACCUAUUCCAACUUCAACCAACAGGUCACCGAAAUCCAGCUUUGUUACCAAUGGUAACCGGUCACCUGGUUUCUCACCUAAUUCAAGUUUAAAAGAUGAUUUAAAAGAAGCAAUUUCCCGCAAUAACAGCGCUACAAGCAGAAGUCAUACUCCAUUUCGUGAUGGCAGCAGAGAUAGUACAAGUUCAGGAGAACACAGUGACCCUCAACCACUUCCACCACCUGCUGAAAUACCCAAGAUGCGCAACAAUAAAUUCAUGAUGUUCCAACAACCACCAAUCAAUAAGGACACUAUCAAGUCAAAAGUAAUACCUCCAUUCCGAACAGCAGAAACCUCUCCAGUAUCUGGUGGUGUUGUAUCAACGUCCAAUUUAAGACCGUCAGAAAUGGGUCAGUCAAGUUUAAGGCCGUCAACAAUGUCUCAGUCCAAUAUAAAGCCGCCAACAACACCUAAGCCGGAACAGCCAAAUCGACCACCCAAACCAUCCAGUGGUUUUAAUCGAACAUCAAAUCAAUUUCCACCUGUCUUGCCAAAGAUGAAUGAGCCAAAGCCUACUGAAAAGUCUAAUAAUAUAAAAGACCAGCCGUGGUUUCGAGAUGUAGACCGUGCAAGUGCCACUGUCUCUGUUGAAAGAGAUGGACGGGAAGGUUGUUUUAUUGUGCGGCCUGGAAGAGACUGUAGAAAAACUCCAUACUCGUUAACGGUGUACUCCAAUCAUAAAACAUACAACUUACAAAUAGCUUUGCGGUCCGAAUCUACUUACGCUAUCGGAACCGAAAAGCCAAAUGAACAAACUUUUAACAACGUUGUCGAACUGAUUUCCUUCUUCAUGAAAUCGUCGCUGAAAUUGGCCGAGGGCGAAGGAAACGUUACACUGCGCGGGCCACCUUGAUACUUUAACAUUAUGUGCUAUUUGAACUAUAUUAUAUAUAAAGUUUCCGACUGCACAUUUUUCUGCGUUUCUCGGUUUCGUACUGCAAGUGCUGUUAGAAUAUAACGUCACACGAAACCACCCGAUGUACGUAACACACGUUCGUCUUGUGUACUAUUCUUAUGAAAUUCUGCACUUAGUAAGUGUCUUGUGUUGUGCACUUUCUCUACUGUUCAAUCAAGUCGCUGUAGACAGUUAUUGUAAAUACAUGAUUCUCGUCAAUCGUUCAAUUCA